AGUUCACCUCAUAAAUCUAUCUCUCGUAGCAAAUGUCAAUUAAAUAGACCUCAACAAAGCUUACCCAAAGUCACUGGUAAAUCCUAUGAAAGUAUCAAAAGUCCUGCUGCUUCCUUCUUAGCUGGCUUUGCUUUCUCUCCUGUUCAGACUCGUGCAGUCGAAGAAGAACAAGAAGGAGAUGAAAUUGAUGAUUACGUAAUUGAUAAGAUCAUUGGCUAUGGUGGAUUCUCAACUGUUCGAAAAGGAUUCCGUAUCUCUGAUGGUCAACACGUAGCUAUCAAAAUCAUCAAGAAACAAGACAUGCAAGUCGACAUGAGACUUGAAAGAGAACUGGAUAUCUGGAAACAACUUGACCAUCACAACAUUGUUUGUCUUCAAAAAGUACUUGACACGGAUCAUGCUACAUUCUUAAUCUGUGAUUAUUGUCCUGGAGGCAGCUUGCUUGAUUUAUUGAACAAGAAAUCACUGACUGAAUCUGAAGCACGCCGGAUCUUUGUCCAAUUGUGUGAUGCUAUUCGUUAUUUACAUGAAGAUGCCAAGGUUUGCCAUAAAGAUCUCAAGCUUGAAAACAUUCUGUUGCAAGACAAUGACCAUGUCAAACUAUGUGAUUUUGGUUUAGCCAUGUGUCAACAGCCACUCAAGAUCAAUCCAGUUACGCAUCUUCCCUUGUCACCUGAUCUCAGUGACUCUGACGACAAUUGUGCUGGGGGUUCAUUGGCUUAUGCUGCUCCUGAACAGAUCAAAUCGACAAAAGCCAUUGGUUGUCCUUCCACUGAUAUUUGGUCCUUGGGCGUCAUUCUGUAUGCUCUUGUCACUGGUAAAUUACCCUACUCUGAUAACUAUGAUUUACGCUUACAACAAAAGAUCUUGCAUGGUGAGUUUGAAAUGCCUACUUUUGUUUCUCCUGAACUUCAACUCUUACUAAGACAUUGUCUUGAAUCUGAUCCUCAAAAACGUUACACAAUUCAACAUAUCUUACAGUCUAGCUGGUGUACUGCCUUGUAAUUUUCUCAUCUUCUCAUCCUUAAUUUUUAUUUUCUUUUGUAAAUAGCAUGUUUAUACCAUACAUUCCAUCAC